AUGUCUUCCACAACUCUCAGCACCGCCAGCGCCGUCCCCACGGCCUGCACAAACCUCUAUGACACCCCCAACCAGGACAACACCUGCGCCAUGCCCUUCAAGAACAACCACACCGAGAUCAUGGAGAAGUGCUGCGGUGACGCCAAGAUCGUGAGCUACUACAACGCCUGCGGCCUCUACUGCGUCGCCCUCGACCAGACCAUCGGCGACCUCGCAAAGUGCCUCUUCGCCAACGGCGCCCCCGACGCGGACGUCUUCUGCAGCGGCAGCAAGAAGACCACCAAGACCAAGGACGCCGACGUCCCCGCCACCGCCCAGGCCAGCGUCAUCUCUAGCGACGAUGAUGACAAGGACGAUGAUGACAAGAGCUCUACUGGCACUGCUUCUGGUACCUCUACCAGCACCGGCACGAGCUCUUCUAGCUCUGAGACUUCCACCGAGAGUGGAAACGCCGCUGCUGGCUUCGCUCCCAAGUCUAGCAUCAACACUCUCGGCCUUGCCAUUGGUGCUCUGCUCUUCUCAUCCAUGGCUGCUGGUGCUUUCCAGCUGUAA